AUGAAUGCUCACACCGUCGCCACCACGCUCGUGACGAAUUGGAUCGCCCGAUUUGGAGUUCCUGACAUUAUCACCACAGAUCAGGGACGGCAAUUUGAGUCUGAACUAAUGCGAGCUCUCAACACGGUUUUCGGUAUCCAACACGUCCGCACCUCGCCUUACCAUCCUCAAGCGAACGGAUUGGUCGAGCGGUUUCACCGCACUCUUAAGGCAGCACUUUCGGCACACGAGUCGCCGCAUUGGUCACAGCACCUACCCAUCGUUCUCCUCGCGCUGCGCAAUACGAUUAAACCAGACAUCGGAUCGACCCCCGCCGAGCUUGUGUACGGGACCUCGUUACGGUUACCUGGCGAGCUUUUUCAUUCAGCAACACCUGAGGUAGGGACACCCGAUUUCGUCGCGACACUCAAGGCGUCCAUGGCUAAGCUCCGACCUACUCCCGGAUCCAACCACGAACCAACUCGACGCGUCUUCAUACCGACGCAACUGGACGCGGUCAGCCACGUAUUCAUCCGCAUUGACGCGCAUCGGACGCCACUCCAGCCUCGUUACGAAGGGCCUUACGCCGUUCUACAGCGUCGGGAGAAGGAUUACAAGCUGCAGUUGGAUCACCGGACGGCGUGGAUAUCGGUGGAUCGUCUCAAACCAGCAUUCGUCCUGCGCGACGACCCGAUCACCGAUCACUCAUACGCCAUGCAGUCCAUCGACAGACCUUCGACGUCAAAAAUUAACGAAGAAGAGGGCAAAGUGCAACCUGUGUAA